AUGGCGUUGACACCCCCCUACACGAACGGCGACCGCGAGAUGGGCCUUGGCAUGGACGCCGUCGCGGGCGACUUCAACGAGGAAGCUAUCACCGACGAAGACUGCUGGACCGUCAUCCAGUCUUUCUUCGACUCCAAAGGCUUGGUCUCGCAACAGCUGGACUCCUUCGAUGAGUUUGCGGGCACGACGAUGCAGGAGAUUGUGGGCGAUCACGGCACCAUCGCGCUCGACCAGAACCUGAGCGGCGAAAGCGAUGGGCAAGGGCAGACAGUGGUGAAGCGGCGGUUUGAAAUCCACCUUGGUAGUUUGACAAUCAGUCAAGCGGCCAUGACGGAGGGUGAUGGGAGCACCAGACCGCUGUUCCCGCACGAGGCACGGCUUCGCAAUCUCACGUACUCCUCCCCGAUCUACCUGGGCAUGCGGAAACAGACACUCCUCGCGAAAGAGCGGCCGACAGGCGCCUGGUGGGAUGAGCAGGAGAAUAGUUGGAUAGCACCAGAAGGGGCCGACCCAGAUGACGUGGAGACGUUCUGGGAGCAGGAUCCUGCAGACGAGAGCUCGAACGAGGAGACGCGUGUGUUCAUUGGGAAGCUGCCGGUUAUGCUGAAGAGCAAGAUCUGCACAUUGCGAAACCGGUCAGAGCAGGAGCUAUAUGCUUUCCAGGAGUGUCCAUUUGAUCAGGGAGGAUACUUCAUCAUCAACGGCAGCGAGAAGGUGUUGAUUGCGCAGGAGCGGAGUGCUGCGAACAUCGUGCAGGUGUUCAAGAAGAAGGGUUCACCCACACCAUUCGUGGCUGAGAUUCGCAGUGCGGUGGAGAAGGGCAGCAGGCUCAUCAGUUCCAUGCAAGCAAAGCUCUACGCCGGUGGUGAAGGUGGAAGAGGUGGUGCUUUUGGCAAGGUCAUCAAAGUGAGCUUGCCGUACAUCAAAACCGACAUUCCGAUUGCGAUCGUCUUUCGAGCACUCGGGAUUGUGUCAGAUGAGGACAUUCUCAACCACAUCUGCAGGAAGGACGAUACCGCGCUUCUCGAGAUGCUGAAGCCAUGUCUGGAAGAAGCCUUUGUCAUCCAGGAUCGCGAGGUGGCGCUCGACUACAUCGGCAGGAGAGGACAGCAGCAAGGCACGAAGGAGAAGCGUAUCAAGUAUGCGCGUGACAUCAUGCAGAAGGAGUUCCUGCCACAUAUCUCGCAAGAAGAGGGUGCCGAGACGCGGAAAGCUUUCUUCUUGGGUUAUAUGGUGAAUCGUCUGCUGCAGUGUGCUCUCGGCCGUGUUGAAGAGGACGACCGCGAUCACUUCGGCAAGAAGCGCCUCGAUCUUGCUGGUCCGCUAAUGGCACAGGUCUUCCGGUUGAAGUUCUCGCAGCUCGUCAAGGACAUCAAGUCCUACCUUCACAGGUGUGUGGAGCAAGGCAAGGAUUUCAACCUGACACUCGCAGUGAAGAGCAACAUCAUAACAUCUGGGUUAAGAUACUGUCUUGCAACAGGUAAUUGGGGCGACCAGAAGAAAGCCGCGAGCGCGAAGGCUGGCGUGAGUCAAGUGCUGAACCGCUAUACCUACGCUUCCACGCUUUCACAUCUUCGGCGCACGAACACUCCCAUUGGACGAGAUGGCAAGAUCGCGAAGCCUCGACAGCUGCACAACACCCAUUGGGGUUUGGUGUGUCCAGCAGAGACACCCGAAGGGCAGGCUUGCGGGCUGGUGAAGAACCUGGCACUGAUGUGCUUCGUCUCAGUUGGUACGCCAGGUCAGCCCAUCGUUGAGUUCAUGCGGCAGAGAGGCAUGGAGUUACUGGAAGAGUACGAUCCUGUUGUUAAUCCCGACGCGACCAAGGUUUUCGUGAAUGGCACGUGGGUGGGUGUGCACCGCAAUGCGGGCCAGCUGGCAGACAACCUACGCGAGAUCAGGCGGAGAGGUAUUAUCAAUUUCGAGGUCACCAUCAUUCGAGACGUUCGAGAAAGAGAGAUCAAGGUCUUCACCGACGCAGGACGGGUCUGCCGACCAUUGUUCGUGGUGGAUAACAGUCCUCGCGCAAACACACCCGGCGGGUUGGUACUGCAGCGGGAGCAUAUCUCCUCUCUUCAAAACGAUCGAGACAGGAUCAUCGGUCCUGAGGCUUCCGACAUCAGCGAGGAAGAAAUGGAGAAGGCCGUCUUCGGCUGGCACACCCUGCUCAAGAAGGGCAUUGUCGAGUACCUUGAUGCCGAGGAGGAAGAGACGGCGAUGAUCAUCAUGACUCCCGACGACCUCGACGAGCACGCCAGAGCCCGCAAGAGUGGCGACGUCGAAGCUGUCGAUGCUAACGAUGACCCGCAUCGCAGGAUUAAGGCACCCCCGAAUCGAUCAGUACGGACCUGGACGCACUGCGAGAUCCAUCCUGCCAUGAUUCUAGGUGUCUGUGCGAGCAUCAUUCCCUUCCCUGACCACAACCAGAGUCCCAGGAACACAUAUCAGAGUGCCAUGGGCAAGCAAGCAAUGGGUGUGACGCUCACCAACUUCAACACUCGAAUGGACACGAUGGCCAACGUCCUCUACUACCCGCAAAAACCGCUUGCGACGACACGAUCGAUGGAGUAUCUGAAGUUCCGAGAUCUGCCGGCUGGUCAAAAUGCGAUUGUGGCGAUUGCAUGUUACUCUGGGUACAACCAGGAAGAUUCCGUCAUCAUGAACCAGUCUGCCAUCGAUCGCGGUCUUUUCCGCAGUCUGUUCUACCGAGCGUAUAUGGACCAGGAGAAGAGAGUAGGCAUGAGCGUGGUGGAGAGCUUCGAGAAGCCGGUAAGAAGCGAUACGCUCAAGAUGAAACAUGGCACCUACGACAAGCUGGACGACGACGGCAUCAUCAUGCCCGGCGCCCGCGUGUCCGGCGAAGACAUCAUCAUCGGCAAGACUGCCCCCAUCGCUCCCGACGCCGAAGAGCUCGGCCAGCGCACCAAAUACCACUCUAAGCGCGACGUCUCCACGCCUUUGCGCAGUACCGAGAACGGCAUCAUUGACCAAGUCCUCCUCACUACUAAUGUCGAGGGUCUCAAAUUCGUCAAGGUCCGCACUCGUACUACCAAAGUGCCUCAGAUCGGAGACAAGUUCGCCUCUCGCCACGGUCAAAAGGGAACCAUCGGCAUCACCUACCGCCAGGAAGACAUGCCUUUCACCGCCAACGGCCUGACGCCCGACAUCAUCAUCAACCCUCACGCCAUCCCCUCCCGCAUGACCAUUGCCCAUUUAAUUGAGUGCCUCCUCUCCAAAGUCGCCUCCCUCACCGGCCAAGAAGGCGACGCCACCCCCUUCACCGACGUCACCAUCACUUCCAUCUCCGACAUCCUCCGGCAAUAUGACUUCCAACAGCGCGGCUUCGAAGUCAUGUACAACGGCCACACGGGCCGCAAACUCAACGCCCAAGUCUUCCUCGGCCCGACCUAUUACCAGCGUCUCCGCCACAUGGUCGACGACAAGAUCCACGCCCGCGCUCGCGGACCUUUGCAGAUCCUGACCCGCCAACCCGUCGAAGGUCGCGCACGAGACGGUGGGCUGCGCUUCGGAGAGAUGGAGCGGGAUUGCAUGAUCUCGCACGGCGCGUCCGCCUUCCUCAAGGAGCGGUUACUGGACGUCUCCGACGCUUUCCGCGUGCACAUCUGCGAGAUCUGCGGGCUGAUGACGCCGAUUGCGAAAUUGCAGCAGGGGCAGUUUGAGUGCCGGCCGUGCAAGAAUAAGACACGGAUUGCGCAGGUGGUGGUGCCGUAUGCGGCCAAGUUGCUGUUUCAGGAGUUGGGGGCUAUGAAUGUCGCGGUCAGGAUGUUUACGGAUCGGAGUGGGGUUAGUCUGAGGUGA